UUUCAGGUAUGACUACUAGAACUCGAAAGCGAAAGCAGAGUACUUUAAGCUUGUCAGAUGAGCCAGUGCACCAGCCACGUAGUACGACAACUAGAACUCAAGUGGGUAGACGAGUAACCAAUGGGGUUGUACAAGACAGGUAAACUCAUGACCAGAUGCUGCCUAGACCACAUACACAUGUCCAAGCUAAUUUAGCGCUCACUAAUCAACCAGGUAUGAUUUCAAAUUUAUAAUUUUAAAACCAAAUACUCAUAUUAUCUAAACUAGACUAGAAUUCUGUUGAUAUGAAUUUGUUUAAUACUUCCUUAGCAAACUAAUUAUUAGUUAACUAUAAGUUUGGAAGAUAACUAUUUGGUAGGUAGUCAAGUUCCUAGUUCGCUUGUUGAAGAGCCAAUACAACAAAAUACAUGUGAGGUUACUAAUGGAACAGGUGUUGUACAAACAGGACAUGAUAAUAAUCAAGAAAACGACAAGAAAUGUAGAGGACCGACACACAUGAUGGAAAUAUGGGGUAGACCAUUAACCCUCCCUCUAAUUCGACUUGAUUUUGAUACUUUUGGGAGACCUAUAGGAGCGAACCGCGACAAAUUUUGCGAAUUCCUAGGCACUAUAGCAAGGAAUGGUAUGUAUUGUCCACUUGAUGUGGAAGGUUGGAAUAAAAUACCAAACGAAUACAAAACUAAGAUGUUACAUGUUGUUAAGUCACGAUUUGAUAUCACUCUUGGGGAUGAAGGUUGGAUUCUCACAUCCAUCAAUACAAAGUGGAGAAACUGAAAGAGUAAUCUAAAAGCACGAUAUUUUCUCCCGGAUAGAGAAGCAAAAGUUUUAGAUGACCCAGAUGGAAGAGUAUUGCCAGAUCAAUGGACUAAUAUGCUUGUUUAUUGGAACAAAGAGGAAGUAAAGGCGAGAAGUGAAAAGAAUCAAGUUGCUAGAUCAAAGAGAACCAUGAAUCAUCUUACUGGAAAAAUGUCAUUCGCUCAAGUUCAAGACAAACUGGCGAAAGAAAAAGGACAUCCUCCAUCUCGUGCUGAACUGUUCGACUCGUGCUAUACAAGUAAAAAUGGAAAUACUUCCCCUCUUGUGUCCAAGUAUUUGGAAGAAAUUGAAGAAUUAAGAAGCCAACUCCCAGAAGGCUUCGAAGAUACAGUUGGACCUAAUGAUCUAUAUGCUCAAGUUACUGGUCAAGACAAACCUGGUUGUGUUAGGAUGUUCGGAGAAGGAGUUUCCCCAUCGGAUGUCUGGGGAGAAGUUCCUAACAGGAACAUGUGCAAACGUGUAAUGUUGGAACAAAGAUCAGAAAUGUUGAAAAUGAAAAACAAGAUUGAAGAGUUGCAGGCAAGACUUUUGGCACAUCAAAAUUCUCUAUCUCAAAGCUCUCAAUGCAUAACAUCAGUGUCAAAUGAUCUGCCAAGAAUGAUUUCAUCAAACCAACAUCUUCAGGUUGGAGUUCAUGUUGCUCUUAAAAGUGUAUCUCGUCAAGGAAAAAUUGUGGCUAAAGGAUGUGUUCAUAGCACUAACCCAAAUGCAGAAGUUGGGAGACAAGUAAUGGGAGAGAAUUGGUGUCAAGUGCAAGUUAAAGUAGUACUUGAAUCUGAAGAGCGACUGAUUCGACCUUAUGGUUAUUGUCAAACACUUGGAAACGCACUUGGUGAAAUGGUUGCAUGGCCAUGCGAUUUGGUGACACCCAUUGAAUGACAAUGAAGCGUCAAGUUCUUCCAUUGAAGAAGUUUCUACUAGAAAAGCUAGACGUUUCAAGGAAAUUUGGAUUUUACUUAAAUAUUGUAAGUACUAUGUUUCCAUUUAGGAGUAUGUACUUAUGAGACAUUAGAACAGGCUUGAUAUUUCUUGGUUAUCAAUUACUGUUAUUAGGCACUUUGACUUUUAAUUUAAAAAUAUUUCAUUUAUCAAAAGUAAUAUAUUUUUGUUUA